CAGAAGGGGUGGAACCUGAGCACGUCAUGGCAACGUUCACCUUCUAAACCCGAAGGUGGAGCGGCGGCUUCACCUCAGACCAGCUCAGUUCUCCAGCAGCAGCAGCAGUCAUGCUCAGCCUCAUCAAACUACCACGGGUCUUCACUAUAAAUCAGGUUCCCAAAGUUUUCCAUGAAGACUGCAUCAUCUCAGGCUACCGUUACCCCCACAGCUCAGCUACCGACUGCGUCCUGAGCCUCUUCCAGCUGACCAAUGAGACGCUCAACAUCUGGACACACUUUCUGCCCACCUGGUAUUUCCUGUGGAAGCUGGUGACGGUGGUGGUGAUGCAGAUGGCAUGGCAGGACUCCUUCACCUGGCCUCUGCUGGUUUACCUUCUUUCCUGCUGCAUUUAUCCGCUGGCGUCCAGCUGCGCUCACACCUUCAGCACCAUGUCGGCCAGAGCGCGACACAUCUGCUUCUUUUUUGACUACGGAGCGCUCAGUUUCUACAGCCUGGGUUCAGCAGUUACAUACUCUGCUUACAUCUUCCCUGAUCAGUGGGUUAACAGUGUCUUUCACCGCUUCUACAUCCACAUCGCUGUGAUUAACACUGUCAUCUGCACUGGCCUGGCCUGCUACUCCAGGCUUGGUUUACCAUUUCUGCAAUAUAAUCACCACACCAUAAAGAGAUUCCCUGAAUGCCAGAGUCCGAAGUUCAGCAAAGUAGUUCGUGUGGUGGCGUUCGCCUACCCCUACCUGUACGACAGCAUUCCACUCUUCUACAGGGUGUUCCUGUGUGUAGGUGAUGGCUGUACUGACAACGACACUAACACACUCCACUACAACCACAUCGCCCUGGCGUUCUUCACAGGCUUUCUGUUCGCCACGCAUUUACCUGAGCGUCUAGCACCGGGCAGCUUUGACUACAUAGGCCACAGCCAUCAGCUGUUCCAUGUGUGCGGCAUCCUGGGUACCCACUUCCAGAUGAAGGCCAUUGAACAGGACAUGCUAACACGCCGGCCUUGGCUCUUGAAAAACUCUGUUGCCAUCACGUUUUCCAACUCAGUUGGGGCAGCGCUUCUUUGUUUGGUGUUAAAUUUGAUGAUCAUCUUCGUCUACAGUCUGCCUCUCCUCUCAUCCUCAGCCUCCCGAGACAAAAAAACACAAUAAAGGUCCAAAGGCUGCAUCAGCCAGGGCCCAUGUCCACUGAGUGUCAGGCUUCACACCAGAGGUAUGCUGAGAGUAAAUACAACACUGGGAGGAAUAGGAUGUUCCAGCAGGAGUGAAGCUCAUGUCUGAGUGAACAAUCACUGGCUAUCUGCACUAAACUAACGCCAGUAUUUGGCCUCAGACACAGCUAUGACCACUGUAAAGUGAAAAUAACACCCUAUGUUGCACAAACAAAAUGGAAAUUUAACAAAAUAUUUGUUUGC